AUGGAAUAUGACAGGAAACGUGACGUUUUGUACAUCCUACAUAUUUCGCAACAUUAUCAACUAGGCUACUCUUUCUGUCCAGAACAAUACAAGUCCUUCGCACCUCACUUAGUAAUAAAGUUCAUGAAUGUUGAUAUAAUAGAGCCUUUCAAUAGGAUCCAUCUUCCAGGCUCGUCCAAGAUUACAUCACUUCUUAUUGACGAUGGUACGCUUUUCCUUGGUCUUUCAAAUGGUGAUCUUACCAUUAUGAAAACGAACGCGGAGCCGGAAAUAACCAAGAACUCACCUAGAUCAGUCAAGAGCUUCAGGUCAUUCAGUGAUAUCAAAAAGUUGUUCAAUGAUAAUGAACAAAGUCGGUUGUUUCGGAUAGAGAAGACUUUCAAAAAUGUCACUGCGAAUCAAACACCAAUCGUUGCCCUCAAAUCCCUCCCUCUUUUCAAGGAUAACAGGAAAGUGAUCUUGGUUGGAAGCUCAGAAAUGCUUCAAGUGUACGAAUGGGUUGGGUCUCAUUUGAAUUUGUUAAUUAAAUUCGAAGAAUCAAAGUACUACACAACUUUUGGGUUUAUGGAAGUCAAGGACCAGAAACUAUUAUUUGUUGGAGUUAAGAAAAAACUUAUAGUUUUCACCAUUUUCCAAAAGUCACGGAAUGUUGUUGACUAUGUUAAUUCUCGUGAAAUACUCCUUAAAGAACGUUUAAAAACCCUCGCAUGUUAUCCUCACCAAGAAAAAGUUCUUUGUGCCCUGACAAACCUUUUACUAUUUAUGGACGUUAAUGGGAAUACCAUAGAGGAAAUAUCUACAGCUGACUCUAACAUCUUUAACUUCUCACAAGGCUCGUCAUUCAAUUACUUUGGUCUUAACAAUACGACUCCAUAUAUAAAGAUUGUUCCGGUUGACGAAGAUAACUCGAUUGUUGUUCGCGGCUCCCAAUUCGGAUCUAUUGAACACAAAAAUGGAACUGGCCUGGUUUGCGACACGAAUGUGAAACUUUCUACUGGCCUUAUCGACUUUGCAUACUUGCAUCCGUGUUAUGCCCUACUCAUUUAUAAUAAGAGAUUUGAGAUAGUAAACAUCAAAGAUGGAACCAAAAUUCAAGAUUUCUAUCACCAGUUGAGCUCGGCUCAAAUCUGUCUAGAUUCAGAAGGUGAUAGUGUGUUCAUUGGUUCCGGCUCAAACAUCUUUCAAUUCAAUAUUCUUCCCUACCAAAAACAGUUGGAUCAAUUCUUAUCCAUAAAGGGAACGAACAGCAAAUCUAAACUUAACAAAGAUAUGAGUAAGGACCUUAAGCUUCAAGGUUUGGAAGAGGCAUUAUCUUUAAUAAGCAAUGUCAACGAAAAGGACGAUUUCUUCAAGGACCAGAGUGAUACUCACAUUCUCAAUAAGAAGAUGAAGCAAUUGUUCUUGCGUGACUUGUAUAAAGAAAAGGCGUUCAUCUAUUUCGAAGAAUACUCAUUGUAUCACGAGGCCUUGGUUGAUAUUGCAUCUGAAUGGGUAUUGUCAUGCAGAGAUAUCCUUUCUUUAUUCCCCGACUUUUUAAAUGGAGAAUAUCGAAUAGCUAAAGAGGUGACGAAGUCAAGACGCUCCAAGAGUAUCGUCAGGAAGGUUAGCAUAAAUGAAGCAGACAAUACGAAAUUCAAUUAUCUUGGUGUCUCAGAUUCUCUCACGGAAUCUGAAGCCGUGGGUUCGUUUGAGCGUCCCAAUGUUGCAUUGAUUGAUCCCAGAUCAAAGGAAGACCGAAAACAGCAAAAGAUACUGUAUUUCCGUAAAGCCGUCAACUAUUUGAUUGUUUACUUAACCGACCAGCGCCGAAUACAUUCGAAUUUCAUGGCCAGUUCACAAAAAGUUCCUUUCAUUAACUGGAAAAGUGUUAGUCUAAGCGUUUUUGACAUCUAUCCAGAUAUUUCGCCAGAUAAUGUUGAAGCUCGCCUAUUACACAUGGCAUCCGUGAUAGACACAUCUCUAUUCUUGUGCUACUAUUACACUAAGCCAAUGCUUCUAGGGCCUUUGCUACGCUUACCGAACAACAAAUGUGAUGCUGAAACUGUUAAUGAAUGUCUCUUGAAAUCUUUACAUGCACAUACAUCUGAGCUGCAAAAUUUCAUGAAAGAGUUGCUUGACUUCUACUUUGGUCGUGGUCUUCACGGAGAUGCUUUGAACAUGAUGAAAAAACUCGCUCAUGAAAGCAGUGAACAUAAUGGCGACUCUUUUGACGAGUUUCUAAAGGGUCCAGAUAUGACAAUAGCGUACAUGCAACGCCUUGGUAAUGAGCAUUUAGAUCUCGUGUUGAAGAAUGCAUUCUGGAUAUUAUCUGAAAAUAAAGGAGACCUGGCACAGAAUGCCCGAGCCAUCUUUAUGAAUGACUCUUACGAAUGCGAAAGCUAUGAUAACUUCAAAGUUUACGAUUUCCUCAAGAAUACAAUGAAGAGAGACGAUCUUACUAUAUUAUACCUUGAAUGGCUUCUCAAUGAAAGCGAUAUUUUGGACUCAAUAACCAAAAAAUCGUUAGUGGUGAAGCUAUCAACUAAACUCUGUCUCCUUUAUUUGAAAAGUUUGAAGUCAUUAAAAGUUUCUGAUGAAGAAUUUUCCAAGAAUGAAUGCUUCUUGAGUUUGCAUCGCAUCCUCAGCACUACUAACAAUUACGAGCCUUGGACAGUUCUUAAAAAUAUACCCACAAGUGAAGACAGAUUCCUCGGUUUCACGAUUUUUAUCUAUAAGAGAUUGGGAGAGCACCAGAAAUCAGUCGAUGUGCUUUUUAAUCAACUAUCCGAUUUGGAUGGGGCCAUGAAAUAUUGUGCGGAUGUAUACGGUCAACCCCAUAACAAAGAGGUUGGUCAGAACCUUUUGCACAAGCUCUUAGAGGAUUUACUCAUGCACUAUGGCGAGAAUCAAAGCAGAGUCGUCAAGUUGCUUGAGUUGCAAGGAGAUAAAAUGGAUAUUUUGCGAAUUCUCACAGCAUUACCAAACAGUUUCCCACUACAUAAAGUUCGAUUGUUCUUUCAUGAAACACUCCGCAAACAGGACGAGCUGUUGAAUGCAUCCCGGAUAACUAGCCAAUUGUAUAAGGUCGGUUCAAUCAAGGUGCGAAACAAGUGGUUAGAAACGCAAUCUGCUUCAGUAACCAUCAAUUCGGGGAAGCAAUUAUGCAACAUAUGCCAUACUAAUUUAGGCUAUAGCGUUCUCUGCAUUGAUACAGAUGGCCAAGUCGUUCAUUAUGGGUGUUUGAACAAGAGAAAAACAGACAAGUGA